AACAAUGGAUAACCUAAUAAUAAUAAAAACAGAAAUCGAGAACGCAUUCAAACACAAACAAAUCCUCGGUAUGAUCAGUCUUGAUAUAACCAAGGCCUACGAUUCCGUAUGGAGACACAGAAUACUAACUAUACUAAGCAAAAUUUUAACAAGCGGCAACAUGUUCAAAUAUAUAUCAAACUUCCUAAAAGAAAGACAAUUUCAGGUCAAGGUAUCAAAUACCUUAUCCAAUACGUUCUAUCAAGAAAACGGUAUUCCACAAGGUUCCUCUCUGGCAGUUACAUUAUUUCUCUUAGCUAUUAAUGAUAUCGUUGAAACAAUACAAGUUCCCGUAAUAUCCAACCUCUAUGCAGACGAUUUCAACAUACUAUGCAGAAGCAAUAACCUAAAUACAGUGCAAGAGUUUCUCCAAAAAAGUGCGAACAACUUAUCAGAUUGGUCAAAAAAAACAGGCUUCUCAUUCUCUAACCUAAAAUCACAAAGCAUCAUCUUCACAAAACGAAGGAAAAUAAAACCCCUAAAAAUAACACUAGACAACCUCGUCAUACCCAACCAAGAUAAAAUAAAAAUACUAGGAAUUACAUUCGACUCCAAACUAAAUUGGUUACCUCACCUUAAAAAUAUCCGUGAUUCACUAUCUCAAAAACUCAAUAUAAUUAAAAUAAUUUCACAUACAACUUGGGGUGGGGACAGCUCUACCCUUUUAAUGAUCUAUAGAGCUUUAAUCAGAUCAAAAACAGACUAUGGCUCAAUAUUAUUCAACAAUGCUAACACCUCCCACUUAAAUAUGAUUCAAACCAAACUCAAUACUGCCAUAAGAUUAUCAAUCGGGGGAUUUAAAUCCAGCCCAAUUGAGAGCAUUAGAAACAUCGCCAACGAAAUUUCCCCUAAACUCAGAAGGGAAAAACUACUUCUAUUGCAUUGUGCCAGAACCAAAAGAAAUACAAACAACCCAGCAACCAAAAUAAUAAACACAUAUAUACAAGAAGCUGAAAAAAAAAAUAUAAAAAUAAACAACAUUCUAGAUAGAAAACCCUAUAAUUUCCCCCCAUGGAACACGACAUUCAACGUCAACCUCUCACUAACAAAUUUCAAAAAAGAAAACACAAUUCCCUCCAUAUAUAAAAACAUGCUUCAAAAUAUACUGCAAGAGCAUCCAAACAGUGUUCAAAUUUAUACUGAUGCCUCCAAAACCAACAACGGAGUCGGGGUUGCAAUGAUAGUAAAUAAUCAAAAAAUAACAUAUAAACUUCCUCCCCAAGCCUCAAUAUUUACAGCAGAAGCGAUUGCAAUAUACAAAGCAGCCAAAUUUUUCCACUCAGAAUGCGUAAGCCCCGAAACUAAAUGCAUAAUUCUUAGCGACUCACUAAGCAAUCUAAUAGCAAUCACAAAUACAAGUAACCCGCCCGAUACCACAAAGCUCAUCCAAGAAGAAACCUUCCAGGCUGGCAAAAAAGGGAAACAAAUCCUAUUUGUAUGGGUUCCUGGACAUAGUGGUAUACUGGGAAACGAAAUAGCGGAUAAAGAAGCUCAUAACGCAAUAGACUCAACAUCAACCACAAAUAUAAAUUCCAUCACAUUCGACGACGCGAAAAUCGUAAUCAACACUUACAUAAACAAUAAAUGCCACUCCCACUGGCGACAACUUAACACUAAACUCAAUCAAAUUAAAAAUAACACCAACCUAUGGACAAAUUCCGGACUUAGUAGAAAAGAUGAAACCACAAUCAACAGACUUCGAAUAGGACACACACAUCUAACGCACAGCUACUUGAUGAGCAACGACGAACCUCCAUCAUGCGACACAUGCAGAGUCCCCCUAACGGUAAAACAUAUCAUCACCGAAUGCCAUAAAUACAACCAGUACCGCGAUCAAUUCCACAUCUCUGAACAAAUCUGUCAAGCACUUGGACCAAACCCACAGGACACUAACAACUUAAUUUUAUUCCUUAAAAAAUCAGAAUUGUAUAACUUAAUUUAAAAAAAAAA